UCAUCCAAUCCAAUAUCUUUAUUACCUCUCUCAUUUCAUCAUAUCAUAUACAUAAGAGAAUCAGAUCACACGAGUUGCUUCAGUUGUGAUUUUGGAUUGAUCGAAGAUGUUGGCAGUGUUCAAGAAAACAGUAGCCAAGAGCCCAGAGGGUCUACAAACCCCACAGCAAGAUCCGUCGGUGAAUGCACUCAAAGAUGGCCUUCUAUCGCACCACUUUGCCUCCCUGCAUCCUUCCGCUGUCGCCAUCAAUCUCGCUGAUUCUGGCCUCAUCUCUUACUCCAUCGACAAACAAAACCCUCUGCUCCCAAGAUUGUUUGCUGUUGUGGACGACAUAUUCUGCUUGUUCCAAGGUCACGUAGAGAACGUUGCUCCCCUGAAGCAACAGUACGGAUUGAACAAGACUGCAAAUGAAGUGAUAAUUGUAAUUGAGGCAUAUAGAACACUGAGGGAUAGAGGUCCAUACCCUGCAGAUCAAGUUGUGAGAGAUCUUCAAGGAAAAUUCGCUUUCAUUCUCUAUGACAGCACUUCAAAGUCCACUUUCAUAGCUGCUGAUGCUGAUGGCAGCGUGCCGUUUUUUUGGGGAACUGAUUCAGAAGGACAUCUGGUGCUCUCUGAUGAUGUUGAUACCGUAAAGAAAGGCUGUGGGAAAUCCUUUGCUCCAUUCCCCAAAGGGUGUUUCUUCACAUCAUCUGGAGGAUUAAGAAGCUUUGAGCAUCCUUUCAAUGAACUGAAGCCGGUGCCUAGAGUAGACAGUUCAGGAGAGGUGUGUGGUGCAAAUUUCAAGGUUGACUCUGAUUCCAAGAAAGAAUCUGGAAUGCCCAGAGUUGGGAGUGCUGCUAACUGGUCCCAACACUACUGAAGUCAAACUCACCUUAUUGCCAUCUUAUGUCUUGUACGUACCCAUAAGCACAAUCAUGUUCUGUUGGCUUCUUCCCUACCGUGAGACCCAUUCUCUAGGGCACUGAGAGAAUAUACAUGAAAUAACCAUAUGUAUGCAACAUCUAUUUUGUUUAAGAUGGAAUGGAGUAUGACACUAGCUUCUGCUGUUAGUGACUUAUAUUUCAUCAGUUCAAAUAAUUGUAUGUUCU